AUGGUUUAUCAAACAGAAGCAGCCAAAUGGAAGGCUUAUCAAUUUAGUGACCCAUUUGCCGCAGGAUCAUUUUUUGUUUGUAAUAAACUCAAUCGUUAUUUUUGUCGUCCAGAUUGUGAUGUUAGACCAAGAACUAAUUUGAAAUCAGAGAUUAAAUUCACCACCAGUGCCAAAGAAGCUGUUGAUUAUGGUUUCAUACCCUGUGAAUCUUGUGACCCAAUGCACAGUACUGCCAUUGAUGUUGGUUUACUCAUCAAGUGUGUUUCAUCAGUAAAUACAAAGAUUGGCUUUAUGCCACCACUUUUGGAUGAAAAUGAAGAUAUGAAUUCGAAAAAGAUUAAAGAAAACAUUUUGGAGUCCAAGAGAGCGAAUGAAGUGCAAAUUUUAAAGACAAUUGAUGGUGCUGGUGCUAGUGCUACUGGUCGUCGUGCUUCAAUGUCUGCUGCAUCAAUUGGUAAAGGAUUGAAAGAUGGUGAUCAUACAUCACUUUCAAAGAAUGACUCUGAUCAUUAUAGAUUAGUGGAUUUGGCCUGUCGUCACUUGGCACUAGCUGCUGCUGUUAAUGUGUUUCAACCAAAACCACUUGCACCCACACCUGAAGAGAGUAACUCGCCUACAGCCAACGGCUCUAGUGGAACAGGAUCUGGCUCUGGCAAAAAGAGAAGAAGAAGAGGCGGUGUACUUGGAUUCAAAGAAUUGGCUUCCAAGUCCAAGUUGAGUGCAUGGCAUUUUCAUAGAGUUUUCAAAUCAGUCACUGGAUUGACGCCAAAGACUUAUGGUGACAAAUGCUGGGAAUUUGUCAAGAAGGUUAAAGAAAGUGGAGAAUAUACUUCAUUCGAAGCUUACAAUUCACCACAAUCACAAUCACCAAAAUCAACAACACCAAAUUCACCAAUAUUGAUGUCUACAAAUGAAGUUGUUAAGCACCCAGCCAGCAAGAAGAUGAAGUUGGAAAAACAACAACAUUUACAAUCACAACAACCAUCACAUCCACAACCACCUUCUUCCUCACCUGCAUUGUUUACUACACAACCAAUUGCUGAUGAGUACAAGUUUGCUUCACAAUCAAUAACGCCACCGCAUUCUGCUGCAUCAUUGAGUGGUGGUCAAUUUUCUCACUCACAACAAGUUCAACCAUUAACUCCACCAAAUCAAUACACUUCUCCAUCAAUUAGUCAAUUGAAUACAGUACAAUCAGUAAUACCCGAUGCUUUCUACCCAGGCCAUCAUCAUCAACCAUCACUUGAUGAACAAUUGCAAGCAUUACCAAACUUGGACUUUGAUUUGUAUGAUGGGGAGGAUUUACAACCAUUACAAGAGCAACAACUUCAAGAUCAGCAAUCAUUACAUACAAAGGCAUUUUCAUUCCCAGACUUGUCAAAGUUUCGUACCAUUUCAUUGUUUCACAAUAAUAAUAACAACAACAACAACAACAACAACAACAAUCAGCAUCAUCAUCAUCAGCAGCAACAGCAUUCUGCCAACCCAUCGUUGUUUCAAUCCAAUUAUGAAAACAGCAAUAGUAACAGCCACAUACCAAAUGGCACGCUAAGUCUAGGUUUCGAUGCCGAUGUUAAUGGUGGUCCACUUGAUUCUGUUGAUCCAAUGGAUCCAAUUGGACAAGUUGAUUUCAGUGACUACAUCAACAACUCCAUCAAUAACAACAACAUUAACAACAAUUAUGUGAACCAGCUACAACCACCAUUGCCAACAUCAUCUGUAUCACCCUCUGCAUCAAAUUCUACUUCACCACCAUCAUUGCAUCAUCAUGCACCAAGUCAAAGUAUCGAUUCUAUAGCAUUGCCACAAGAUGAAGAGUUUGAUUUUACUGAUGCUUUCACUCAAGAUGUGUUUACUGCUCAACCUACAUCCGCUGUUGAUUCUACAUUUUCUCCAUUUGAUACAACUGCUACUGCUGAAGGGGUUGUUGCUGCUGGCUCAUUAAAUGGAGUUGGUGGUUUCAAUGAUGAUUUGGACUUUACAAUGAAUCCUCAAUUGGUUGCCACUAUAAUAGAUUAA